AUGAGGCCCAAUUGGUUCCCCGCUGCAGCUGCAGCUCUGUUGUGGUCGGCAACAACCCAGCCAAGCGUCCUCGCGUCGGACAGCGACGUCAGCGUCUACGCUGGCCACGACUUCUCCCCGUGCGAGACGCCCUCCACGGCGCGGAUCGAGGAAGGCGGCUGCAGUACGGGCUUCGAGUGCACUCAGUACGACGGCAUCGGGGGCUUCGGCAACGUGACGUACUACGGACAAGGCUCUUGCAGCAGCAGUCGCGACGCCUACCUCCAGUCUGUCUUUGGAGACGCCCCGUACUUCAUGGUCGAGUACUACCAAGACGCCGACUGCCAGCAGCUGAGCAAGAGCGAAGUGUACCGCGCCGACGGCCAGUGCCACUUCCACACCUUUGGCGUCAUCUACUGUGAGAGUAACGAUUGGAGCGGCGAGUGCAUCCCGCAGAGCGGCGGCCAGGGGUUCCACCCGGACGCGGUCAAGUACAUUCUACUCGAUGAUUCGACAACAACUGCCGGUAGUCCGCCGUGGGUGCCGAUCCCCACCUACGGCAACAGUCUGUGGCCUGUUCGAGACAAGUCCCUUUGUGCUGUCGAGACUGGUGCUUGUCGCGAGUUUACGCUCCCUGAAGUCGAACAACGCGACUUUAUGGGUUUAUACCAACUCAGUGACGCGCUGUCAGAGCGUGAGCGUGAGCUGUGGGCUCCCCGUUUUGAUCAAGGACCAGACCUCUUUCCUGAUCAAUUGCUGCAGCUGCUCCUCCCCGUCAACUCCCGUCUAUUCAGUCUGUGGAAGGAGACAUGCGCCAAGAGGUACGAUCGCACUCGGCCGCAAGAGCUGGAGGCGUGUAAAUGCAUCCACGAGCAACUGGUGCACGGUCUCAGUGCAGCUCGGCAACUUCAGCGUUAUAAUGGCUGGUACGAGCUUGAUUUCGAGUGGUGCCGCAUACUAAUCCAGCGUGAGCAGAUCCUCUACGACGAAGCGAGGCCCAUCAUGGUAGCCCUGUGCGACCGCGGUCUCAACUCGAAGUAUUUCUACCAGCGUCGCGCGUUUCUCGAUAGUAUACUGUGUUAG